UCCAAAGUGCAAUAGUACUAACUUCUUACUGCUCUUACUGAUAAGGUAAAGAAUUGUGCAGUACUGUAUAUACCGUGUGUGUGUUUUGUAUAGUUUAUUUUUUAAAAAAAGGAAGUAAAAAACAAAAUAUCCUCCUAUUUGUACCUUAAUUUGCUGUCCUUGUGCUGCUGAGACACUGAGGAUGUCCCCACUAGGAAAGGUUCAUCUUAACUUAGCUGCAAAGCGAGACAGAAAGAAGACAAGCUGCAAAACGUCCUCAGGUGUUAGCAUCAGACACUCGCUGUACCAGGUGAGCUACCAGAGCAGCACAUGGAGUCCAAACAUUGAGACAGGAUCUGUUCAGGUACCAAACCUGAGACUGUGUGGCCUACAUCAGCUCCAUCAUCCAAAAUCUUUCCAUCAGACUGCUGGGAGUUCAGUCUGAAGUUUUCUGUCCACUCUCACGCCGAGGUGGUCCAGCGGUUCAGCUCGGACAAAACCGAGAACUGCUAACGCUUCAGUGACACUUCGCUCGUCCACUUUGUGACUGAGUGGGUGACGGAGGACACAGCGAUCAGGUAAGUCCAGGUGAGUGCAGCAGCUGGCUUAAUGAAAGCCAGCUAACGAGGUGUUUUUGUUCUUCUCCAGUGUGAACUUCACUUUAUUUCAGUCAGUUGGUUCUUCUGCAUGACCAGCAUGUUGAAGCCUCCUUGCAGUUUUCUUAAGCUUUUCUCUCCAAACUGAUGAAAGUGGUUUUUGUUUAGAUGUUCUAACAAGUUAAAUCUGCACGUGGUUUAUCUUGUUAUAAGGCGAGAAUGCUGUCAAGUUUGUUAACGAGGUGAGUCAACGUAACAAGAAACAUGACAAUAUUACAGUGAGGUUACAGAAUUCUGUUCAGCCUUGAUGUCUGCAGAGUCGGACGCGUUCAUCCACUAAAACUGGAGUCACAAGAAUCAGAUUAGAGCCGCCGCCCUGAGUGUCCCAGCAGUGUGACUGAAGAUAAUUAACUCCACGUUCUUCUCAGAGGAAACUCAACUCUGCUGCUUUCACCUCGGGGCCAAUUAGCUUCCAGGACCGAAGACAAAACAAACUGCCAGCUGAGAUUCCUGCAGGGACGAGCCACAGACUAAUUUGAUUUAACGGUUUAACCCUUUAAACACCUUGCGGCCUCUGAUUUGCUGCUUUAGCGUUGAAGCAGGAUGAGAUGAUGUAAUCAUCAGAAUGUGUUGGAUUUCACUGGUGUCUUUUAGGAGGAAAUACUGAAGAAAAUGUACUGAAGCACAAGUACAGUGAUGUAGUCGUGUAGUUUUUCAUGUGGUAACAACAGGCAGGAAGCAGUACUGUACUGUGUAGUUCACGGUCCAGUCGAAACCAAAAGUCACCAAAGUUUCUGUGAAACUAACCACAGUUAACGUUUCCUGUUAAGCUCGGGGUGGAAAGGCCUCAUAGCAGGAAAAGUUUAUGACUGAAGCGGGUGCAUUUUCAGUUUGUCACGAAAGACGAAGAAAAUCAUCAAAUAUUCACAUUUGGAAUUCAGAAAUGUUUUAGUCAUUUUGCUGAAUGAUAAAUCCACUGUAUUUUAAAUCGUUUCAUCGUUACAUGUGCACAAAAAUUAAACAAAUCACAUGGAAAGUUUCCACACUCGAGUCCGAGCAUCAGAGGAUUUCCUGAAGUCAGCGGGUUAAGUAAACUCCAGAGGACCUUCAGUCCGGCUGCCCUCUAAUGGGGUUGAGUUCGAAUUUGUUAAAAGUGUUUGUGCUGCUGCGUUUGGGACCAGUCGGUCCUGUGGGACGUUUGAACCUCAGGUAUAAGAUGAAGUGUGAGAGGACGGAGGUCUUCCUGAGGACCAGCGGAGGAACCACAGCAGGUGACGUCGGCGCCAUGUUGGAGGUGUCGCCGGGCAACAACUUUUCCCACAGCACCUUCGUGUUCAGAGGCUUUCCUGAGCUGCAGAAACACCGCCGGCUGCUGGCGCUGCCGUUCUCCGCCUCCUACCUGUCGGUGCUGCUGGGGAACUCUCUGCUGGUGUUCGUGAUCCGCCGGGUGGAGGCUCUGCACAGCCCCAUGUACCUGCUCAUCUGCACGCUUUGCCUCGUCGACAUCCUCGUGGUGACCGCCAUCAUCCCCAAAAUGCUCCUGAGCCUCCUGUUCGACAGGGAUGAGAUCUCAUUGGCUGGCUGCUUGACUCAGAUGUUCUUCACCCACUUCCUGUCCUCACUGGAGUCGACGCUGCUGCUGGCGAUGGCGCUGGACCGCUACGUGGCCAUCUGCCAGCCGCUGCACUACACCAAAAUCAUCGACUCUUCCAUGUUCGUGAAGCUGCUGCUCUUCACUCUGGUCCGCAGCGGAUCCAUCAUGGCCACGCUGGUCGGUUUGGCGGGCUCGCUGCGGUUCUGCGGCUCCAACAUCAUCCAGCACUGCUACUGCGACCACAUGGCGCUGGUCAGCCUGGCGUGUGGCAGCACAGCGAAGAGCAGCGCGGCGGGCCUCGCCGUGAUCGUCUGCUUUGUGGGCGUGGACAUCCCGCUCAUCUUCUUCUCCUACAUGAAGAUCCUGAGCGUGGUGCUGCGAGCCGCUGCGGCCGGCGAGGACCGCUGGAAGGCGUUUCACACCUGUGGCACUCACCUGAUCAUCAUGAUGUGUUUCUACCUGGUGGGCAGCGUCACGUUCCUCUCUCACAACCUGAACAUCCCCAUACCGACGGAUGUCAACACCUUCAUGGGACUCAUGUACAUUCUGUUCCCAGCGACUGUCAACCCCAUCAUCUACGGCGUCCGGACUAAAGAAAUUCGAAACGGCUUCUUUAAGAUUUUUAAACUCAGGAUGAAGACAAUAAUGAGGGUGAAAGUUUGUCCUGCUGGAAAAGCACAAACGUGACACAGUUUGCUGUGUUUCAAACAUCCUUGUGACCACCUGAUCUGUUUGUAAAGCCAACGUGUCUCACAUUUACUACUUCCUGUUUAAGAGCCUCCCGGUGUUUUCCAUCAGGGACAGUAGAUAACUGAGUACAGACCUUCACAGAAUUAGUCAGGAGUCUUUAUCACGUAUGAUUCCUUUUCCUUUAGUUUUGAAUAUUCUUUAACA